AUGAAUGAUGAAUCAGUUUCCGAAAAUUCUGAUGAUCCAGACUAUGAACCAAGUGAAAGUUCGGAAAGUGAAACUGGUAGUCUAAAAUGUCGAGUAUGUGGUAAAACUUUUAGAUUUAAAUCUAAGCUUAAAAGGCACAAACUUAUCCAUAGCCAGGAGAAGAUCUAUAAAUGUAAUAUGUGCUCAGCAGCGUUUAAACAUAGGCUAACUCUUCAGUCACAUAUAGCCACGCAUACUAAUAUAAGACCUUAUAGCUGUAGUGUAUGCAGUAAAGAAUUUACCAACAUAAGUCAUUUAAAAAGUCAUUUUAUUGUUCAUACGGGAGAAAAACCUCACACCUGUGACAUUUGUAAUAGAAGUUUUGGUCAUAAAUGUGCUUUGAAAACACAUAUGAUUAUUCACACCAGAGAACCUCUUUUGUGUAAUAUAUGUAAUGAAAAAUUUGCUAUGAAAAAUGAGCUAGCACAUCAUUAUCGUAAACAUCACAGAAACUUGGAUACGUUUAUGUGUGAUAUUUGUUAUAAACAAUAUCUAAAGCCUGCAUAUUUAAUGAGGCAUUAUAGUAAUCAUCAUAAAGAAUUAAAACCUUUCGUGUGUGUUUUAUGUAAGCAAGGUUUCUGUAGGGAAGAAGAUGUAAAGAAUCAUAGAAGCACUUGCCAAGGAAGACAAUCCAUCAAGAAUGCAGAGAAGGAAAACCCGAAGUGCUGCAAUGAAGGGAAUUAG